AUGGACCUCGAGGAGCAUAAUUCAGAUGAUUCAUAUAAUUUCCAAAACCUUGGAAAUUUUGAAGAUUUUGUGGAGGAAACGACAUAUUGGGAAAUGGAUGUGAGUAUUGAUAAUUUGGUAGAAUUUGUGGAUUUUGAGAAGAUAAAUAUUCUUGUGAGUUCCUCCGCCACCACCUCAAUCUUUCUCAUCGUCGCCGCUGCCGCCGCUUCGACAGAGCACUUAAAGCUGGCCUCCACCGUCGGCAUCAUCUUCGUCUUCCUCUCCUCCUCCCUCCCCAUCUUAUUGAUCUGGAUAUACAGCUGCCACUGGCGCCGCAACGACUUGCUGCAGCAGCGCCGGUGGGCGGCGGAGGCGGUGGCGCCGCGCCCAUCGAUCGAACGGCCGCUGCCGGCGCUUCCUCUGGUCCCCUUGGGUUCCUUCGGUGGGAUGGCCCCGGCGGAGGAGUGCGUGAUCUGCCUGGGCGAGUUCGAGGGCGGCGAGGAGCGGGAGGCGAUGGUGAAGGUGAUCCCCGGAUGCCGCCACGCCUUCCACCCGGAGUGCAUCGACCGGUGGCUCCGGUCGGAUGUUUCCUGCCCGCUCUGCCGCUGCACUGACCUCGCCGUCGUCGCCCCUCUUCCUGAAGAUCUUGUUCGCGGAGACGGAGGAGGAGAAUUAGGCGGCGGCAGCGCCGCCGCGCAACCUACGGAUCGGGUUGACGUGUCUCAGGCGACCGACACAGUGAACAGAGGAGGAGAUUGA